CGCUAUGCUUCCCCACAGCCACCCGUGGGACACGGUCAUCCAGGCAGCCAUGAGGAAGUACCCGAACCCGAUGAACCCGUGCGUGGUGGGCGUGGACGUGCUGCAGCGCCGCGUGGACUGCCGGGGCCGGCUGCACAGUCUGCGACUGCUCAGCACCGAGUGGGGGCUGCCCAGCCUUGUGAGAGCGAUUUUGGGAACCAGCAGGACUUUGACGUACAUACGGGAGCAUUCUGUUGUGGAUCCAGUGGGGAAGAAAAUGGAGCUUUGUUCCACCAAUAUCACACUCACAAAUUUAGUGUCGGUUAAUGAGAGGCUGGUGUACACACCCCAUCCGGAGAACCCAGACAUGACGGUGCUCACCCAAGAAGCCAUCAUCACCGUGAAGGGCAUUAGUCUUGGCAGCUACCUGGAAAGUUUAAUGGCCAACACAAUAUCAUCCAAUGCAAAGAAGGGCUGGGCGGCCAUUGAGUGGAUAAUUGAACACUCUGAACUUGCCGUGAGCUAACACGGCCUGCGCCUGCACCCGUGGUGAUCUGGCGGUGACAACGGCAUUCACUCCCCUGGUCCAGAAGCUCAGCCUCGUGUGGACAUGUGCGUGGCGUGCGGCGGCGGGAAUACCCUUGGGAGAUGCAGCUGCGUGUUUGUCUCCAGCCCUGUGCACCCGGCGUCUUCCGUGGAGAAACAGAGUCACUAGGUCCAUCCUC